GUGAAUGCAGUAAUGAAGGAAUUUGAAGAGAAAACCUGUAUAAAAUUUGUUCCAAGGAAAAAAGAAAAAAAUUAUAUAUUUAUAUACAAAGGACGAGGGUGUCAUUCUAAAGUUGGGAUGAUGGGAGGACGACAACAACUCAGUCUGGGUACUGGUUGCUUAAAUAAAGGUAUACUCUUUCACGAGCUAUGUCACGCUCUCGGAUUUUAUNUCAAACUAAGCAAAUUAUUGGUUGUAAUGGACUCUUAUGGUAUGGCGAAAGCAAUGACAAAUUCUUUCUAUUAUUCUUGUAGUGUGGCUUUUGCUGUCACGUCGGGUAAAGUUACAAACUUUCCACCACUUCCAUAUAUUAAACAUAAGUUAUAUGUAACAUUUUAGGUGAAAUCAUUAAA